AUGUGGCAGAGUUUGACCUUAAAGCUUUUAAUUCUGAAGAGUGUAGAUUUUUCAGGUCCUUCAAAAUGUAACCUUGUUCCACAGAAUACAUCUGGAUUUCCUCUUGAGAGUACCAUGAGAAACAUGGAAGGAAAUGGCAAGACUGGAACAAAAAAAACUGGAAGUUCUCUGGAAAAAAACGAUAGGCAGCUGCAUAGUAAAAGGUCUAAAACAGUAGGUCAGAUCUCCAGUAAAACAAGUAGAAUUGAGGAAACAGAAAACAAAGAACAAAUUACUGGUUCUCCAAGCCAAGAAGCUGACUGGGGCAGGACUUCACAAUAUUUUGGUGCCCAGGAAGGGAUUCUUGAGCGUGAUGCAAAUCUGGAUUACAAGACUGAGAUUUCUGAUUCAACCAGAAGCGCAGGUGCUUCAGAAAGCUCCAAACAGAUCAAGCGUAAGAGGACACCUUGCAUGUAUGGAACAGGCUGUUACAGGAAGAAUCCCGUUCACUUUCAGCAGUUCAGUCACCCUAAUGAUGAUGACGAUCAUGAAAUGGAGAUUGUAACUCAGGAUAACAAUGAUAACCAGCCUGAAUGUCCGUAUGGAACGGCUUGUUAUAGGUAA